AUGAUAACUUCUUUCUACGAUGAAUCCAAAAUUCUUGCACACAUAUUGAGUGAAAAGUGUGAAGGAAAACCAAUUGAACUUGAAAUAGGCCGAUUUUGCGACCUAGCAUCGAUGGACAGUAUUGGAAAAACAGCGUUGGGAGAAGAAUUCGAUUCACAAAAUAAAGAGAACCAUGAUUUCCGAAAUAGUUUUGAACGUUUAGCAAAAAAAAAACAAGUCGAACUCAAUGAAAAAGCGAAAACUACAAUUAUUGGGACUUAUGACACAGAUUGUGUUUCUCAAAAACCUAAAUCUCUAAUUGAAAUUCUAUUAGCAAACGAACAACAACUAUCACCUAAAGAAAUACCGGAGGAACUUAUAACCGUUAUAAGUGCGGGACAUGAAACAACUGCAAAAUCAAAUUCAUUAAUUAUAUUUAUGCUGGCUCAUCAUCAAGAUGUUCAAAAAAAUGUAUAUCAAGAAAUAAAUUCAAUAUUUUCUGCUGGCGAUUUCAACCGAUCACCUACACACGAUGAUUUACAGAAAAUGGAAUACUUAGAACGAGUAAUCAAAGAAACUAUGCGGCUUAGUUCAAUUGUACCCUUAAUUACCAGAAAAGUAGAAAACGAAAUGAUGAUUGGGAAAUAUGUUAUCCCGACAGCUAAAUGGUGA